CCAUUUCCCUCACCAAAUUAAGCAACCUCCUCCUACAAACCCCCACCCAAUCUUAGUCAAUUAAAAUUUGACAGUUAUUUAACCAUGAAGAGCCUCUUCCUCUCCAUGACCCUCCUCCUGUCUCUCCUCUUCUUCGUCGCCCACAUAGAAGCUGCCAUUCUGUGCAACACCGUCACCCAGAAGGCCGCCCCCUGCCUUAGUUAUGCGACAGGAAAAGUCAAGAACCCUUCCCCCGGCUGCUGCACUGGGCUCCAACAGCUCGUUAAGAGCGUUGGAUCUGUCCCCGACAAGAAACAAAUUUGCCGGUGCCUACAGGCUAGUGCUAAGAAUAUGGGCAUUCAGGAUAGGUUCCUUAGCCAACUCCCGAAUGUUUGCAACAUUAAUGUCGGGUUCCGCGUCUCCACUUCCACCAAUUGUGAAAAGAUCAACUGAAGUGUUUCGGAAGGGAUGCAGUGACUGUGCACGAACCAUCCUAGUAGAUGUAAUGCCAGUUGAAUAAAACAGUGAAGGUUAUGUGUGGGAGGUUCAUAUGAGACCCUACUCUCGAGUCUAGACCUUAUGUAACCUUCGGUUGGCGCUACUGUUUAAAUAAUUUCAGUUUGCUUCCA